AUGCCUCACAACACCUUGCCAGAGAACAUGCCCCAGCUCGACGUGCCCAAUAACCACAUCCAGAUUGGCGGCAGAAAGUCAAAGUUGGCGGUCAUCCAGCUGGAAAUCGUCAAGGCCCAGAUAGAACACCACCACGCCAACUUGAACUGCUCGGUCUUGGCCCUUCUGACUUUAGGUGACAAGAUCCAAAACAAGCCGCUUUAUUCUUUUGGCGGGAAAUCCCUUUGGACGAAAGAACUAGAGAUUCUUCUUCUUGAGGCUGUGGAGGAGUACCCGAAAUUGGACUUGAUUGUUCACUCGUUGAAAGAUAUGCCUACGAAUUUGCCUGACGAGUUUGAGUUGGGCUGUAUUUUGGAGAGAGAAGACCCCCGUGACGCUUUGAUCAUGAAAAAGGGCCUGACUUACAAACUGCUUGCGGAUUUGCCCAAGGGUGCUGUGGUGGGUACUUCGUCUAUUCGUCGUUCCGCCCAGCUCUUGAAAAACUACCCUCAUUUACGCUUCCAGGACGUCCGUGGUAACAUUUAUACCCGUCUCUCGAAACUUGACGACCCAGAAUCCCCUUACGAGUGUCUUAUUUUGGCUGCUGCCGGCUUGAUCCGUCUCGGCUUGGAAGACCGUAUCGACGUUGCUUUGGACGCUCCGGAAAUGUACCACGCUGUUGGCCAGGGCGCCUUGGGCGUUGAAAUCAGAAGAGACGAUUUGGUCAUUCAACAAGUUUUGAGCAAAUUGGAGCACAAGCCUUCUUCUCUUCGUUGCACCGCCGAAAGAUCGCUAAUGCGUGUUUUGGAAGGUGGAUGCUCUGUUCCCUUGGGUGUCCAGACAAGAUAUAACGAGGAGACUCAACAGCUUGAUUUCAAAGGUAUCAUUGUCAGCCCUAAUGGCGAGGAAUACGUCGAGGGCGAGGUUGAGGGAUUCGUCUCCAACAAGGCCGAAGCCGAGGAGCUCGGUGAACAACUUGCCGAGGUUUUGAUCGCCAAGGGCGGCAAGGACAUUUUAAACAGCAUCAACUACGAAAAGAUCAACCAGCGGCCGCUGAAUGGUGCCUCGGGCUCCCCGACCGUUAACGCUAUUUAA